AUGGAUUUACUAGAUACUAAAAGUAUCGCAAGUUUGGACAAUAGAAGCUAGUCUAGUGGAAACUAGAUUCAGUAUGGUACCAAUUGCAAAGAUAACGUAAAGGUUGUAAUAAGAGUUAGACCACUUAAUGAAAGAGAAAAAGAGUCAAAGCCAGAUUUCAAGUAUUUCAACUUUGAUUUCGUUGGAGAUGAAAAUAUCGAACAAGAGGUUAUUUUCAAUUCAAUAGCCAAACCUAUAGCUGACGGCUGCUUAGAAGGUUACAAUGGUUCUAUAUUUGCAUAUGGUCAAACUGGAGCAGGGAAGACCUUUACUAUUUAAGGUCCCAGUAUUGUCGUAAACGGAGAAGAACACAUUUACGGUAGCUUCAAAGAUGAUGAAAACAAAGUGAACCAUGACAAGAGAGGCAUAAUGCAAAGAUCAUUCGAAUACAUAUUCGACUGCAUUGACAAAUAAAGAUAAAUUGUAGAAAAUUCCCCUGAGUAUUCUUAGUUUGAUUUUCUAAUAAGGUGCAGCUACUUAGAAAUCUAUAACGAGCAGAUUAUGGACUUAUUAGACCCAAAUUCUAUUAAUUUGCACAUUAGAGAGGAUAUUAAGAAAGGAGUAUAUGUUGAGGGUCUUCAGGAAGAAGUAGUUUUAAAUGCUUAAGAUAUGAUUGGAAUUAUUCAAACUGGAGCGAAGAACAGACAUGUUGGUUCAACUUCUAUGAACAAGGAAAGUUCGCGAUCUCACUCUGUUCUUACUACAAUCAUUGAGACUAAGUCUAUGAGAGACGGAGGCGUAUGGAAUAUCAAAACCUCAAGAUUUCAUAUCAUCGAUCUUGCAGGUUCAGAAAGAUCCAAAUACACUAAUGCAGUCGGUGAAAGGCUUAAGGAAGCUGGCAUGAUUAACAAGAGUUUGUCAGCUCUUGGAAAUGUGAUAAACUCACUCGUUGAUAUUUCUGAGGGUAAAAGCAGACAUGUACACUACAGAGAUAGUAAGCUCACAUUCUUGCUCAGAGAUUCUCUUGGCGGUAACAGUAAGACUGUUAUAAUUGCAAAUAUUUCUCCCUCAAGCAUCUGUUUUGGAGAGACUCUAUCAACUUUAAAGUUUGCUCAGAGAGCUAAAUUAAUUAGAAAUAAAGCAAUUAUUAACGAAGAUUCCAGUGGAACAAUCUAACUGCUUAAAAGUGAAAUCAGUAGACUGAAGAAAGAGUUAGCUGAAAAUGAAAAGAUGUACAAAAAUAUAGAUAUUAGCAAUCCUAAUGGAUAAUGUUCUCUUUGUAAAGCUUUGAUUGGAUCAGAGAUUAACCAAGAGGAAGAGGAUGAAUUGCUCAUUAAUAACAUUUCAGUAUGUGAGGAUCUUGAUUCUACAGUUUUAAAUACAACACAUCAAAGCCCACUUAAUGAAGUACUUAAGUAAAAAUUCAAAAAUUAAAAGGAAGAUCUUUCAAAAAUGCGAAAAAGAGUCGUUCAUCUAGAAGGACUUCUGACUGCAAACUUAGAUAGUUUGGCGAGUCAACAAAAGUUUUACGAUAAUGAGAUACUCAAGAAUCAAUAAUAAAACAAGAAAUUAUAGCAAGCAGUUGAAUCAUAUGAGAAGUAAUGUGCAAGGGAUAAGAUGAUUAUCAAGUUUAGAGAAGAGAGGAUCAGCAAACUGGAAUAGAAUCAGCCAGUUACUAAAGAUGAUUAGUAAAAGUAAAUUACAGAUCUUAAGAAAGAAGUCUAAUAGUGGAAAGAAGCAGCUGAGCAUAAUUCACAAGCAGCUAAACUUUUUGCAGAAAAAGCUGAUUUACAAAACAAGUUAGACUAACUUAAAAAUGAGUACAAAUAGUCACCAGACUCCCUAUCUGCUUAAAUGAGAACCCUCACGGAGCUUAAUGAAUCCCUUAACCAGUAUUUAAAACUAUACUGUGAAGAGAGCAAGAAGGAAGUUGAAAAUGAACUCUCUAAAGUUAAGUUAGACUAUGCUGAAAAGAUUGAACAACUAAAUGAAAAAAUUGCAGAGAUAAAAGAAAAAGAAUUUGACAUAAAAGAUAAAUAUGAGAAAUAAGUCUAAGAUUAUAAUGAAAUGGUUGGAAACUAUAAGCUCUAAGUUGAAAGAAUGCUCUAAGAUCAUUAAAAAGACAAAUAAGAUCUUGAUAAAGCUAACAAAGAGCAUGUUGAGCAGAUUAAGAAUGAGAUUGCUCAAAUCAAUGAUAAUAAGAGUGAAUAAGAGAAGGAAAUAUCUAUUCUAAGAAUAUAAGUUAUUGAAAAAGAUUAGGAGUUAUCAAAAGAGAGAGAUGCUAAAGUUGAUGCAGAGAAGUAGUAUCAACUUAAAUAUGCUGAUUAUUAAACGGAAAUUGCUGAGCUCAAUCGCAAGUUAAAAGAUAUUGAAGAGCUCAACUUGAAAAUUGAAGCUAAACUGAAAUAAAGUCUUGAUCACUUUGAAUAAAAUCUUGAAAAUGAGAGAAAAUAAAGCCAACAGUAUUUGAAGGAAAGAGAAGAAUACUGGGAAGAGUAAUCUAGGUAGCUUUAGAGAAAGAUUCUUGAGGAGUCUAGUGAAAAGCAUAUGUUGGAAGAAUAAUGUUAACAAUGCAAUGAUAAAAUAAGAUCACUUGAAUAAGAAAAUGAAACUAUACAACAGAGCUUAAUGUACAAAGAAGAAUAAAUUCAAGAGAUUCAAUCUUCCAUUCAUGAAAAAGAUUGCCUCAUCAGCAAAAUUACUAAUGAGCAGUAAGAACUCAAAGAUAAGCUUGAGUUAGAUAACGGAGAACAUACUGAGAAUAUUUAGUAAUUAUAAUCAUAAUUAGAAUCGCAUCUAUUAUAAAAGGAGUAAUUAUAAGCUAAAUUAGAUUCUGCAAUUGCAGAUAAGAAAGAUCUUUAAAUAGCUUUAAGUGACAUAAAAUAAGAAAUCUAGGAUAUCAUUACAUCUAGAGAUGAGCUUAAUUAGCAAAUAGAUACUCAUUUGUAAAAAAUUGAAAGUCAAUCUUCAAGGAUUUCUACAUUAGAGCAAGAUGUGGAACAAAAAUUAGAGAUUAUUAGUAAUCUUUAAAAUUCUAUCUAAGAUCUGAAUGAGAGCAGCGAAUAAUAGAAUUAGUUAGCAUAGAAUCAUAUUGAGUAGGUUGUAAAGGAAAAAGAGGCAGCUAUUGAAUAAGAAAAAAUAAUGAAGCAAGAAAUAAAUCAUCUUAGAUCAGAAUUAGAAUAAAUGCUAGAUUAGAACAUUGAAAGAGUAACUUAGAUUCAACAAUAGUUCUAGCAAGAGAUUGAAAGGACAACUCAAGAAUACGAAGAAAGAUUAACUUCCUUAGCCAUGAAUUCUGAUAGAAAGAUGAAUGACUAAAGCUAAGAAAUAUAAACUCUCAAUGAGGAAAAGUAAUAGUUAAAAGAAGAGCUUGCUAUAAGGAUGAAAGAGUUUUCAAGGGCCUUAGAGGAACUUUAAAGUGAAAUUCAAUAGAAAGAUUAAGUAAUUGAAGCAACUUAAAUAAAGGCUCAAUCUUUGAUUGAAACUAUUCAUAAUAUAGAGCAAGAAAAGAAGGAGGAGAUUCAAUAAGUUUAAACAAGCCAAAAUACUUUGGUUUAGGUGAUUCAGGAGUAAUUAAAGUAAAAAAUACAAGAGUAUGAGUCAUAAAUCUAAAAAAUGGAGUAAAAGGUAGAAGAGGAAAGACAAUUAGCUCAGCAGUAGGUUUUUUAAACUGAAUUGAAACUACAGGAAUAAAAGGAACAGAUAAUUCAUGAAAAAGAAUAAACACUAACAGAGAUCGAGACUAAUCACUUAACAUAUGUUAAAUAAAUAGAGAUAAAUUAUUUGAACUAAAUUGAAGUUCUUAAACAAGAGAAAAAUAAUAUCAUCCAAGAAGCUGAACUAAAAGUAUAAUAAAUAACAAUUGGACUCAAUUAGUAAAUUUAGGAAUAAUAAGAGAAAUUCGAUCAGAAGAGUGAGAAUCAUUUACAAGAGAUUACGAAACUCAAACAAUAAUUGGAGGAUGUAUAAAUCUAGAAAGAAGAGUCUAUUAAAUAAUUAAUUAUUGAAGUUGAGGAGGGUAAAAAAACAUAUCAAGAAUUAUUAAGCUAAAAUUUGGAAGAGAAAUAAAAAGAGCUAGAAUAAUAAAUAUAGGUUCUAAUUGAAUCUCAUCAAGUCUAAAUUGAAUAGAUUAAUGUUGAAGCUGAAUUGCAAAAAUAAGAAAUAUUAGUAUUUAAUGCCAAACAAAUAGAAGCAAAGGAGACUGAAUUAGUUCAAGCAAAAGAGCAAAAGGAAGAGAUUCUUGUAAAAUAUCAAACUUAAUUAGACGAAACCAAGCAAUAGAUGGAUGUAAGGGUUCAUUAGGAACAAGAAAAGUUGCAAGAUACUGUAAAAACUCUUGAAGCUAAAUUACAAAUUAUUGAGGUGGAAAAUGAUACACUUCAAGCUCAAGUUAUAGAAGCUAAUAAAAAUUUGUAGGAGGAAGAAGAAAAAGCUUACAAAUUCACCUGCUAAGUCCAGGAUCUUAUUUCUUAGAAAGCUAAGAUUUAAGAAAUGCUCUAGCAAACUUUAAGUGACAAUCAAAUCAUAUCUAGGUAAAUUGAUACAUCACUUUCAUAAAAUGAUGCUUUGCAAAAAGAAACGUAGUCACUUUAAAGUGAUAUUUAAAGAAACUUAUAAAUAAUCAAUGAGAGAAAUGAAAAAAUUCAAAAUCUCAUUGAAAAUAUCAGUUAGCUUUAGAACUAGAUAAGUGACAACAGAACGAUUAUAUAGUCCCUCGAAUAACAGUUGAAUUCAGCUUCUCAUAAAUAAUCAUAGUGCGAGAAAGAACAGUAAAAUGAGAUAUAAAAUCUUCGUCAAAAUCUCACUACUCUGGAGUAAAGGAACAAAGAUCUUUCUGAUUAGAUCAGUAUGAUACACAUUGAAAAAGAGCAAGACAUGCAGGCUCUUACUUCAUAAAUUAUUGAUAGGGAUAAUCAAUCACUGCAGUAUUAAGAGAGAAUUUAAAAAUAGCAAGCUUUGAUCGAUUAAUUGCAUUUGAAUCAUAAUCAAUCAGACUAGCAGAAUCAACUAUUACAGCAAGAUCUAAAGAAACAAAAACUAUUACUUGAGGACACUGUUAACUCUUUGAAUAGAGAACAUAACUAAUAGAUUGUUUUAAUGGAGCAGGAAUCCUAAGCGAAAAUUAAUGCUGUUAAGCAAGAAUAUGAAGGUUAUAAACACCAUGCUAAGGAUCUAAAUCAUCAGAUAGCUAAGUUGAGACAAGAUAACGAAGACUAAAAUCAAAUGCUAAAGUCAAGCAAAGACACAAUCUCAAAAAUGGUGCAGAAAGAAAAUGAACUAAUGAAGGAACUAGAAAAGAAUAUAAAUGAAUUUAAGGAUAAACAUGAGAAGUCGAAGAAGAGACUUGAAGAGUCCAGGGAUUAGUAAAAGCAACUGAGGUCAGAAUGGGAGAAGCAAAGAAAGGAAAAUGAAAAUCUCAAAGAUUUAAUUAAGCUAAAGGAUAGGCAAAUUGAAGAUCAACAGAAUGCUGAUGAAAGAGAUAAAUAAGCUCUUGAGUAAAUGAUGAAGGAAAACAAGGAUUUAAGAAACUCUCUCACUAAGAGAGAAUUUGAAAUGAAAGACUUGAUUAGAACUAUGAAAUUCCUUUCAGAUGAAAAACAAAGACUAGAAAAAGAGAUUGAAAAGCUCAAUAGAGAAAAUGAUAUGCUUGUUGGUAAUAAAAAUCCAAACUACAAGAUAUAGUAUCAUGUAAAGAUCAAGGAAGAUAACAACAAACUCAGAGAAGAAAAUACAAGGCUGUAAGAAGAAUUAAGAAGAAAGCUUGAAACCAUUAGUAAACUUUAGAAGAGUCUCUAGAAUAAUACUGAAAUGAGUAUGAUGAUGGAUACAUCUCAGAUGCCCUCAACCUAGAGACAAGAUUCAGACCAGAUGCUUAUCAUGAGAGAGGAUUUAAAAAAGAUGAGGAAGGAUAAUAUGACUUAUUAAGAAACUAUAAAUAGAUUAGUUGAUCACAUUCUAUCUCAACCAGGAUUAUUUAAAAUUAUAGGCCUCACCGAGGAGACGAAUGAAAAACUCAUGCAAUAUAAUGGCCCGACCAAGGUAAAGAAAUGUAUGGAAAUCAUUUCAAUGCUCUCUAACCAUGUCUCAACUAAGGAACGAGAAUUAAAAGACUUAGAGAGAGAAAUUAAGAAGUAUGAAUGUAGAAUCGAGAUACUUGAAAAAGAAAAAGUCAUAUGCAAGUAAUAAAUCGAAAUAAUGUCGAAUCCAGGAAUGGUCAUGGGACAAGGUUCCUUCAUAUAAAAUAGUUCAGCUAUGUAUCAGAAGAGAUCUCCGAUUGGAAAUCCUUCUUAGAAUAGUGAGUUUAUGAGUAUAUAAAACUCAUCUGAUCAAUAAAAUCAAUAUAAACAGCCCUCUCGUAUUCAUGUCGAUGGCUUCUUGGAUGAGAAAUAAAACAGCGAGUAUAUGGCUCAUGCUAAAUAGUCACCAUCUCCUAUCUAUAAUAUCAGACAAUAGAAAGAAAAGGAGAAUGUUAAUGUCAGUAAGUUUAUAAUUAUGAAUCAAUAACUAUUUUUAGAGAGAGACCUUUUCGGUUCUUAAAACAGAGCAGGAAGUGGCAGAAGAACUACUUACCUUGGUAACGGUCAAUAAUAAAAUAUUCAAAAAUGA